AUGGCCUCCUCCUCCUCCUCCUCCUCUCACCGCGCGGGCACCCCCGGCGAGCAAGAGUCGGGCGACGGGAGCAUCCUGUACUUCGCGUACGGGUCGAACCUGUCGGCGACGCAGAUGCGCGAGCGGUGCCCGCGGUCCGCCGCCGUCGGGCUCGCGCGGCUGCUGGGCCAGUGGACGUGGGUGAUCAACGAGCGGGGGUUCGCGAACGUGGUCGCGGCGCGGGCCGCCGGCGGCGACGGCGCCUGGGGCGUGCUCGGCGUGCUGUACCGGCUGGACGCGCGCGACGCGGCCGCGCUCGACGCCAGCGAGGGCGUGCCCUGGGCGUACGCGCGCCGCUUCCUCGCCGCCGCGCCCGUCGCCCCCGACGCGCGGCCCCCCUUUGCCCCGGACGCCCACCCCCUGCGCGUCCUCGUCUACGUCGACGCCGCCCGCACCCGCCCCGCUGCCCCCCGCCCCAAGUACGUCCGCCGCAUGAACCGCGGCAUCGACGAGGCUGCCGCCCGCUGGGGCCUGCCACGCCCCUACGUCGACGCCGUGCUGAGACCUUUCAUCCCUGAGCCCGGGCAGUCAGGCGAGAGUGAGUGAGUGAGUGAGUGAGUGAGUGAGUGGGCCUGGGGGCCGGCUCGUGUGCUGGGCUCGAGCGAGCGUCAGCGUGGUGCACGGCUACCGGCGUAGACGCGCCUAGAUAGAUAGACGGCUGGACUAGACCGGCAUUAGAAAUGAAGACGGAAGUAAGUGUGUGUCCAUAUGUACAUCUACGCCGAUAUGUAACCUAGAGCCCUAUUCUAAGAACAGAGCAUAAAUGAAAUGAAAAAAAAACUAA